AUGUCUGCGGCGAGUGUCGUUUCGCAAAAGACAGAGGGCCAAGUCGCUGGUUCCAGCGUUCCCUCCGCUCUGCCUUCUACUCCUCUGAACGUUUCUUCUCCCACGAAUCCUCCGGUAGCCGCUGCAGCCGUGCCACAACUGCAGGCAAACGACGCUCACCACCAACACCACCAACACCAUCAACAUCAUCAUCAACAACAACAGCAGCAGCAGCAACAGCACGCACACGCACACCAAACUCACAACGCCGUUUCUACACCGCCCAAUCAGCUGCAGGCUCAGCAGAAUCAGAUUCCCGUCGGAGUUGGACAGCAUCCUGGGACGCCUGUGGCUAUUCAACCGCAUCCCGGUGCUAUGCCGACGACGCCGCAAGGCUACUCACCCGGCCCUGGCGGGCUCCCUGCCUCUUUCCCUCCCCCUCCGCCUGGAAUGAACCAACAGGCCUACGCUAGUGUUUACGCGGCUGCUCAAGCUGCGCAGGCUGCUGCUCAGGCAGCCGCUGCACAAGCCAUCUCAUCGCCUGGGACGCCCUCAAACUCUAAGGCUCCCGUUGGCUCAGAAGAAUGGUUGCGUCAGCGUCGGGAGAAUCACAAGGAGGUUGAACGGAGACGUCGUGAAACCAUCAAUGAUGGUAUUAACGAGCUAGCGAAAUUGAUUCCAGAGGGGGAAAAGAACAAGGGGCGCAUUUUGUCGAGGGCCGUACAGUAUAUUCAUCAGUUAAAGGAGCAAGAGUCAACGAAUCUGGAAAAGUGGACAUUGGAAAAGUUGUUGUGUGAGCAGGCGAUCCAGGAGUUGUCAGCUCAAGUCGAAUCACUGAAGGCAGAGAAUGAGCAAUUAAGAUCGCAACUGGCAAUGCAAGCUGCUGAGGGUCCUGCAAGGAAGAAGCCGCGAAAGGAUGAUGAAGAGGGUCAAAACGCGGCUAGUGCAGAGUAG